AUCUGACGCAUGUUCGUUUUCUGCACUCGAAUCAGUCGAGAGUGUAUUCAUCGUUGCAUCGUUGCUUCAAUAGUCGUUUUUAAAAAAGAUUUGUAGUGCUUUUCUACUCGUUAAAAUGUCGAAAAAGUUGGUGAAAUUUCAAAUCAUCCUCGACAGGGAUUCUGUGUUGUACCUACCGGGUCAAGUGCUAGCUGGGCGGGUGCUGCUGGAGACUCAGGAAAACACAGCUGUUCUGGGGCUCUAUUUCCACGUGCUGGGCGAAUGCACCGUCAACGCAACCAAAGCCAUGACGCGCCCGGACAAGUCCCACGACAAAGAGAACUACAUCGAUUUCCGGAUGAAGCUGCUGGAUGACUUCGACAACAAGCCGAUCCUCCUAUCGCCCGGCGUGCACUGCUUCCCGUUCAAGUUGGGUCUGCCGGUUUCGCUCCCGUCCACGUUUCUCGGACAGCACGGAUGGAUCCAGUACUACUGCAAGUCCAGCCUGAAGGAGUCCUCCGGCAUUACGCACAAGAACCAGCAGGUCUUCAUCGUGCUCAAUCCGAUCGAUUUGAAUCUGGAGGAUCCGCUUCUGAGUGAACCCCUAGAAGCAAGUGCCAGGCAUCGGGUUGGAGUUGGAGUGCUUGGUGGGACCAUCCGUUGCAAUGUUGGACUGGACAAACGAGCUUACAUUCCGGGAGAGAAUAUUCUGGUUACGGGUGAGAUAUACAAUCAGAGCAAGGUAACCAUAAAAGCGGUGAAGUAUGCGUUGAUUGAGACCAUUCAGUACUAUGCGCACGGCAAGCUCCUGCACCAGGAACGACGGGAGCUGGCAGCAAUCGUACGGGACCGCAUCAAGUCCGGCAUUCGGGAUGUGCUGCAGAACGGACACCUGACAGUGCCACCGCUUCCGCCCACCAAUCUGCUCGGCUGUCACCUGAUCCGGAUGCAGUAUAGUGUUUGCAUUCUCAUCGAGCCGAACCUGAUGGAGCGACAGGUUGCACUGCGGGUACCCAUCACCUUGGGCACCUACCCAUUCCGACGGGACGAGGAAAAUCUGCAGCAGUGGGUGGAAAAUUACGUUCGUUAUCCUGCCACACUUCCUGUCUCUCGAGCACCCUUGCUGCUGGCUGGUGAAAGUGGAUGAUCUGCAGUCGUCGCUGUUGCUUUCUACCCUGCAUACUCAACGUGUUUUUCAUAAUUGAUGCUAAAUCACUAAUACUGUGCAACAAGUUCUCCAGGAGAAAGGAGAGCCUCAUGAUUACAUCACAUAAUAUGCAACUGAAAAGAUUUCUGCCUCUAUCAUGGGGGAGCUGAUGAAAUAAAUCUGACUUUUAAUUACAUAAACCCCUUAUGCACUGAGCAGCUAACACCUUCCAAGUUAACUAUCGUAAUACAA